AUUUAAAUCUCCAUCUGCUUCCAUUUUUUGUUUUCUACUCUCUCAUUUUUUUAAUGCGGAUAUUCUUUUUCUCUGUCAUUGUCGGAAUAAGGGCUUAACAUUCUGUUGGCUGCCCCUUUCUAUUGAAUUCUAAGUUCAAUUGUGUUAGAAUCUUAUAUCAUAUUGUUAAUGUGCAAGGAAAAUGGGUCCAUUUCAUUAGUGUUAGAUUUGAUUGCAAAUUUUAGCCUUUUCUUUUUAAAUAGGAAUUUUGAGAUUCUAUCUGAGAUUUAGUUUUUGGCGGAAGAAUUAGUGAGUGAUAGUUGCUGGUGAUUGGGAGAGAGUAGCUUGCUCAAAUAUGAGUUAGAUUUUUGGAAGGUGGAAUCAUACUUCAGCAACUGAGGAAGAUGUUGCAAUGUGAUUUUGUUGGGGUUAUUUUGGCUCAGCAUUCUGUUGGUAGAUGUUAAGCAGAUCUACUUGUUAAAAUGGGGCAUGUAAAGUUGCUAUCUCAAACCGGUAUUAAUUCUAUAGAAGAGGAAAAGGGGCAUUGCAAUGAUGGAUAUCCUAACAAAACUACUGUGGCAUGCAUGAUCAAUGCAGAAAUUGGUGCUGUUUUGGCAGUGAUGCGAAGAAAUGUUAGAUGGGGAGUUCAUUAUAUGUCAGAUGAAGAUCAAGUUGAGCACUCUCUUGUUCAAUCUUUGAAGAUAUUAAGGAGAACAAUUUUCUACUGGAAGGAUCCAUGGCAUGCUAUCAACCCUGUCCGCUAUCUCCAACCAUUUUUAGAUGUGAUUCAAUCAGAUGAAACUGGUGCACCAAUCACUGGUGUUGCUCUGUCGUCAGUUUACAAGAUCUUGACUCUGGAUGUAAUUGAUCAAAACACUACCAAUGUUGGGGAUGCCAUGCACUUGGUGGUUGAUGCUGUCACAAGCUGCAGAUUUGAGGUGACUGAUCCUGGAUCAGAAGAAGUUGUAUUAAUGAAGAUACUACAAGUUCUUCUAGCGUGUGUGAAAAGUAGAGCAUCUGUAAUGCUGAGUAACCAACAUAUUUGCAUUAUAGUGAACACUUGUUUCCGUAUAGUUCACCAAGCAGGAACCAAAGGUGAGUUGUUGCAGCGGAUAGCACGUUACACGAUGCACGAACUUGUUCGGUGCAUUUUUUCUCAUCUUAAAGAUAUUGACAACGUAGAGCAUUCAUUAGUAAAUGGAAGCAAUGGUUUGAAUCAAGAGACUGGUGGGCAAAAUAAUGAACAUAAUUCUACAAACAGACAAUUGGAAAAUGGGAGCUUGAAUUCUGCAAGUAAUAGGCAAUCCUACUCAACAGGCAUUGCUUCCAGUACUGAGAGCGUUUUGACAGUAGGUGUAGUGGAUGACAUAACAGCCAUUGACAGCAGUGGCAAGGAGGUCGACCUAGAUGAACUGGACCUCAUGAAGGAACCUUAUGGGAUUCCAUGCAUGGUGGAAGUGUUUCACUUCUUAUGUUCUUUGUUGAAUGUUGUUGAGCAUGUGGGAACAAGUACAAGAUUAAAUACAAUAGCAUUUGAUGAAGAUGUGCCUCUUUUUGCCUUAACUUUGAUUAAUUCAGCUGUAGAGUUGGGAGGGUCUUCUUUUCACCGGCAUCCUAGACUGUUGAGCUUAAUUCAAGAUGAACUGUUUCACAAUCUAAUGGAGGCCGGUUUGUCAAUGAGCCCCCUUGUAGUUUCAAUGGUGUGUAGCAUUGUUCUAAAUUUGUAUCACCAUCUUCGUACAGAAAUCAAGUUACAACUAGAAGCUUUCAUUUCAUGCGUAAUUUUGAGGCUUGCACAAAGCAAAUAUGGAGCAUCAUAUCAGCAACAGGAAGUUGCUAUGGAGGCCCUUGUUGACUUUUGCAGGCAAAAAACAUUCAUGAUGGAAAUGUAUGCUAACCUUGACUGUGACAUAACUUGCAGUAAUGUCUUUGAAGACAUUGCUAACUUGUUGUCCAAAAGUGCAUUUCCUGUUAACAGUCCAUUAUCUUCUUUGAAUAUUCUUGCUUUGGAUGGUCUUAUUGCUCUUAUGCAAGGAAUGGCUGAAAGGAUAGGCAAUGAAUCUUUGAGUUCAGAACAUCCUCAUGUGAAUCUUGAACAAUAUAGUUCUUUCUGGCAGGAGAAGUGUGAAAAUUUCAGCGAUCCGAAUAAUUGGGUUCCUUUUGUUUGCCGGAGAAAGUACUUCAAGAAAAUAUUGAUGAUUGGAGCAGAUCACUUUAAUCGUGAUGUUAAGAAAGGUCUUGAGUUUCUCCAAGGAACACAUCUUUUACCCGACCAACCCCAUGCCCAAAGUGUUGCCUACUUUCUUAGAUUCACAACUGGGUUGGAUAAGAAUCUCAUUGGUGAUUUUCUAGGGAACCAUGAUGAAUUCUGUGUUCAGGUCCUUCAGGAAUUCGCAAGAACAUUUGAUUUCAAAGACACAACAUUAGACACAGCACUGCGUCUAUUUUUGGAGACUUUCAGACUGCCUGGAGAAUCACAGAAGAUACAGAGGGUGCUUGAAGCUUUCUCUGAGAGAUAUUAUGAACAGUCACCACAGAUCCUAGCUAAUAAGGAUGCUGCUCUCUUGUUAUCAUACUCAAUUAUAAUGCUUAAUACAGAUCAUCACAAUGUACAAGUGAAAAAGAAGAUGACAGAAGAGGAUUUUAUCCGAAAUAAUAGGCGAAUAAAUGGUGGAAAUGAUUUGCCUCGAGGAUUCCUUUCAGAAAUUUACCAUUCCAUUUGUAGGAAUGAGAUUCGUACAACUCCUGAGCAAGGUUCUGGAUUUCCUGAAAUGACUCCAAGUCGGUGGAUUUAUCUUAUACACAAGUCAAGGAAAACUGCUCCAUUCAUUGUCUCUGAUUCCAGAGGAUACCUUGAUAAUGAUAUGUUUGCUAUUCUGUCUGGGCCAACAAUCGCAGCCAUUUCUGUGGUGUUUGAUAAUGCUGAAAAUGAAGAGGUCUACCAAACAUGUAUGGAUGGAUUCUUAGCUGUUGCAAAGAUAUCGGCUUACUAUCAUCUUGAGAAUGUACUCGAUGAUUUGGUUGUAUCCCUUUGUAGGUUUGUUACUAUUUUGGAUCCAUUAUCUGUUGAGGAACCAAUCCUUGUCUUUGCAUAUGACACAAAAGCAAGAAUGGCAACUAACACCGUUUUCACUAUAGCGAAUAAGUACGGUGAUUACAUUCGCACAGGAUGGAGAAAUAUUCUUGAUUGCAUCUUAAGAUUUCACAAAUUAGGCCUUCUUCCUGCUAAUAUGGCUAAUGACGCGACUGAGGAGUCAGAGCAUCCUACGGAAACUCUACAUGAGAAGCGUAAUGCUAAAUCUUUAUCUUCAAGAAGUCUACGAUCUAUUAGUACUCCGAAGAGAUCCUCAGGCUUGAUGAGCAGGUUUAGUCAACUCUUAUUGAAGUGUCAUAUUGACAGCAUAUUUUCUGAGAGCAAAUUUUUGCAAGCUGAAUCUCUGUUGCAACUUGCAAGAGCACUCAUUACUGCAGGAGGGCGGCUUAAGAAAGGAAAUAUCACAUUUGAUGAUGAAGAUAGUUCAGUUUUCUGUCUGGAAUUACUAAUAACAAUCACUCUGAAUAACAGGGAUAGGAUUGAACUUCUUUGGCAUGGUGUUUAUGAGCACAUAUCUAAUAUUGUUCAUUUGACUGUGAUGCCUUGUGCACUAGUUGAGAAAGCAGUUUUUGGACUCCUAAAAGUUUGCCAUCGCUUACUUCCCUACAAAGAGAACUUCACUGAUGAACUUUUAAGGUCCCUGCAACUUGUCCUCAAGCUUGAUGCACGCGUUGCUGAUGCCUACUAUGAGAAGAUUACACAGGAAGUAAGUCAUCUCGUGAAGGCAAAUGCUUCUCAUAUUAGAUCUCAAUUAGGAUGGCGAACAAUUACAUCUCUGCUAUACAUCACUGCCAGACACCUUGAGGCAUCUGAUGCUGGUUUUGAUGCACUGCUGUUCAUUAUGUCGGAUGGAGCGCACUUACUUCCUUCUAAUUAUGUUCUCUGUAUAGAUGUUGCAAGACAGUUUGCCGAGUCACGCGUUGGACAGGUAGAGCGGUCAGUUGUGGCACUUGAUCUUAUGGUAGGAUCUGCCAAUUGUUUAGAGAAGUGGACUAGUGAUGCCAAGAAAGAAAUGAAGGAAGAGGAUGUGGCAAAGAUGUUGCAGGAUAUUGGGGAGAUGUGGUUGAGGCUUGUACAAGAAUUAAAGGAAGUGUGUUUAGACCAGAGGGAGGAGGUAAGAAACCAUGCAUUGUUAUCAUUGCAGAAUUGCUUGACAGGAUCUCUUGGGACUCAUAUCCAACAUGAUUUGUGGUUACGAUGUUUUGAUCAAGUGAUCUUUGCCGUGCUCGAUGAGCUGGUUGAAACUUAUCAGACACGCUCCCAAAAGGAGUACCGGAACAUGGAAGGAUCCCUCAUUAUUGCCUUGAAGCUCUUGUGUAAAGUUUACCUCCAGUUACUCCCAAGCAUAUCAGAGUCGACCAAGUUCACCAAAUUAUGGUUGGGUGUACUGAGUCGAUUGGAAGUAUACAUGACGGUGAGAGUUAGGGGAAGGAGAAGCGAGAAGAUUCAAGAACUCGUGCCCGAGCUUCUCAAGAACACUUUACUUGUCAUGAAAGCGCACGACAUACUAGUGCGCAGCAGUAGUGGGGGUGACAAUAGUUUCUCGGAAUUGACUUGGAAGCAUAUAAACAACAUUUCUCCUUCAUUGCAGUCUGAGGUUUUUCCUGAGCAAGAUUCAGAGCAAUUGGAGAACAAACAAGCUAAAACAGUUGAAGAUUUGGGACCUAAUAAUGAAAACAUUUCUAUACCUUCAAAUGAAAGAGCAGGCCAAGAUGGUGCUGGCAUUGGUUAAUCACAGGUGCAGCCAUGUUGAUGAACCUCUUCAUUGGUUUAUUUUUAUUUUUAUUUCUUUUGUAGUUUGGUGGUUGCUUGGUUUCUCUCACAAAUAGAUUCAUGCAGUAUAUGAUAGAAUUUAGAAUCCCAUUCAAAUUUUCAAUAGGACCCUUGACACAGUAAGAAUUUUUGUUGAAGAUAUGUUAUAGCUUGAGAAAAUGUAGAGUGUUCCCUCUUCAGUAUGGUCCCUAUUGAGUUCAUGCCUGAGCCUGUUAAUUGAGAUGUAUUUGGAAGAUAAUGUCUUUAUAGAUUGUAUAGAGCUCAAAAUUAUUAGCUGCGGGAUUUUGUUCUUAGAAAGCUGAGGUUUAUAUUUAUUAUUGUUAUUGUAACAAUUCUUGAAUGAAGAACAAGUGCAGUAACACUGAAACACAGAAUACAGAGAAGAGAGUUUGAGAGGAUGGAAAAAUGAGUGAAUGAUUGUAUAUUGAGCAUUA